UUCGCAAUUCAGGAAUGAUGCUUACGUUCACAGUAGUAAGGACAUUGUGCCGACUCGCUGCGCUCAUUACAGCAGAAUGACACAUCAACCAGCGCGCCCUACAAACUGCACCAGCAACUGUCGUUAUCAAUUAAAUAGCGCUUCUGCCGGGGGCGUGCAAACACUGCAAAGGGACGAGGUCACCGAGACCUGUUAAUUUCCCUGGCUUCUGACCAUUCAUUUACCGUUUCCGUCCGUUCAAAUCCCGCUAUCUGAUCACUCCUGGCACCUGAACACGUCUGCAGCAUCGCAUAUGACUCGAAACUCGUGCAAGGAAGAGCCAGAGAAGCCUUGCGAUUUCUUGCUAGGAUAACUCUAGCAGGUUCGGCUGCUCCGAUCAGCAUCCAUGGGUGCGUCUCGGCAGAGGCCCGGGAACGACUCCUGUCGCUGAAUGGCGGGUGUGCUGAUUGUUCGCCAGAUGCGAUGGGUGGCAGGACUGCUGCCGCGCUUCGGUCGCGACCCUGAUGUGUUCUCAACAUGCUGUGCCACACCGGUAUGGACGCUCCGGUGCUACAGACAGCCGAAUGCGUUCCGUAUCGAUUUCCCUCUCGUUGCACUUCUCGGGCCUCCUUCUGAUGUACAACGUGGCAAGACAUCCGGCACGAAGUCAUGCCCUCUGAAAUACAAAGCCAACGGACUUUUGGACAUUCCCACGCGUGGAAGUGCAGUGUUGCUUCUCUCAAUCUUCCGCACGGAUUGCGUCGUGGCGAGGCAUCAACCGACCUGUCGCGACGGUCUCCUCUCCUGUGCGUCCGCCGAAUGCCUCAAGGCUGCUCAAUUGCUGUGUCGACGCCGCUCUCCCUGUGACCGACAUCGUCUUGGCGGCAAUCGUAACGCACUGUCAGCUCAGGCUUCGCUUCUGUUGCCUUUCUGUCUCAACCCACCAUGCGGCGCACAUCCGAACUCCGAGUACGUACUCCAUCGGAUGUAUCCCGCCGCAACCUUAGAUAUAGUCCGUACUCACCCGUGAUCGUUUCGCACACAUGCUUAUGAGCGUCGUGACGUCCUCUGGCAACGCGGUCAAUAUCAGGCAUGCUGCGCCCUUCAACUGCGAAGCCUACGCAAU